AGAAGUAAGUACUAAGAAGCGUAGACCACCGAGACAGUCUCGAAACACAUCGUCUAAAAUGGAACCAGGUUUUGAUGAUGUUGGAAUAUUUUACAGCGAUACUUUUGGUCCUGAUGAACCAAAUGAUGAGUCUCAAAUUGAUCGACAACACAUUAAAAAGAGAUUGAAGCAAUUCAUUCGGGAGUUUCACGAAAGAAAUUUUUCGUAUCGCUAUCGAGAUCAGCUGAAGAGAAACUACAAUCUCAAGCAGUUUAUGUUGGAGGUAGAUCUGGAUGAUGUUGGCAGUUAUGAUGAAACGCUGGCAGAAAAGUUGCUUAAGCAGCCUUCCGAACAUUUACCUUUGUUUGAAGAAGCAGCUAAAGAAGUUGCUGACGAAAUCACUCGUCCCCGCCCUGAGGGUGAAGAGGAAGUAGAAGAUAUACAAGUCAUGUUGACAUCUGCUUCUAAUGCUUGUGGCAUUAGAGAUUUGAAGUCAGAUCAGAUGUCACGUUUGGUGAAGAUCCCCGGUAUAGUUAUAGCUGCAUCUGGAAUACGAUCAAAGGCGAUACGUCUGGCUAUUCAGUGCCGCAGUUGCUCCAAUGUGAUUAACAACAUCCAGGUCAAGCCAGGACUCGAAGGCUAUGCUUUGCCAAGAAAAUGCAACACGGAACAAGCUGGGAGACCCAAGUGUCCAGUAGAUCCAUUCUUUAUCAUCCCAGACAAAUGUAAAUGUGUAGACUUUCAGACUCUAAAACUUCAAGAAGCGCCAGAAGAUGUGCCGAAUGGUGAGCUGCCCAGACAUUUGCAGCUUUACUGUGAUAGAUACUUGUGUGAUCGGAUAGUUCCUGGUAACAGAGUCACUGUCAUGGGCAUUUAUUCCAUCAAGAAAACCAGCAAGCCCACAAAACGGAAUAACAGAGACAAAGUGAAUGUGGGUAUAAGGCUUCCUUAUUUUCGUAUAGUGGGUGUUAAGAUUGACACAGACGGCACUGGCCGGACUUCUGGCAGCUCUGUGACGCCGUCAGAAGAGGAUGAAUUGAGACGACUGGCUGCCACUCCUAAUAUCUAUGAAACUAUAGCUAAAAGCAUUGCACCGUCCAUUUAUGGAAGCUUAGAUAUGAAGAAAGCCAUUGCGUGUUUACUGUUUGGUGGUUCUAGAAAAAGAUUGCCAGAUGGUCUGACUAGGAGAGGAGACAUUAACAUGCUUAUGCUGGGUGAUCCUGGUACUGCUAAAUCGCAACUUCUCAAAUUCGUGGAGCGUUGCUCUCCCAUUGCAGUGUAUACAUCAGGUAAAGGAAGUAGUGCUGCUGGUCUGACUGCAUCUGUCAUGCGUGAUCCCUCAUCGCGUGGCUUCGUCAUGGAAGGUGGCGCAAUGGUGCUUGCUGACGGGGGUGUUGUUUGCAUUGACGAGUUUGAUAAAAUGAGGGAAGACGAUAGGGUGGCCAUUCAUGAGGCCAUGGAGCAGCAGACAAUUUCUAUUGCCAAGGCCGGGAUCACAACUACUUUAAACUCAAGGUGCUCGGUUCUGGCUGCCGCUAACUCAGUGUUUGGACGUUGGGAUGAUACAAAAGGAGGCGAGAACAUUGACUUCAUGCCCACCAUUUUGUCCAGAUUUGAUAUGAUAUUCAUUGUCAAGGAUGAACAUGAUGAAAACAGAGACAUGACUUUAGCCAAGCAUGUGAUGAAUGUCCACCUCAACGCUCUACAAAGUACAGAAGAAGGGAAAGAUGGGGAAAUCCCGUUGAAUACUUUAAAAAAAUAUAUUGCUUUUUGUAGAAACAAAUGUGGGCCGCGUCUGUCUGAAGAGGCUGCUGAGAAACUAAAGAAUCGCUAUGUGCUGAUGAGAAAUAAAGCUGGUGAAUAUGAGAGAGAAACUGGGAAAAAGAUAAGCAUCCCCAUCACUGUCAGGCAAUUGGAAGCCAUUAUUCGUAUUGCUGAAUCUCAGGCCAAGAUGAGGUUGGCUCCUUUCGCUACUGAAGCAGAUGUGGAUGAAGCAUUGAGACUUUUCCAAGUCUCAACACUUGAUGCUGCCACUACUGGUGAUCUGGCUGGCGCUGAAGGUUUUACAACAGAAGAGGAUCAGGAGUUAUUGAGCAGAAUAGAGAAGCAAAUUAAAAGAAGAUUUGUGAUUGGCUCUCAAGUUUCUGAACAUGCUAUAGUCCAAGAUUUUACCAGACAGAAAUAUCCAGAGAGAGCAAUUCACAAAGUUUUAACUUUAAUGUUGAGACGGGGAGAAAUUCAACAUCGCAUGCAGAGAAAAAUUCUAUUCCGUGUAAAAUAAUUUUUGGAAAUUUCACAAAUGUUUGUUCAUUAUAAUUGUUAAAUAUUAACUAUCUUGUUAAUACUGUAAACUGAAUGUAACUUUAUUGUGCAUUGAUUUAUAGCUGCAAAGUAAAUGUAAUUAAAAUUUUAAAACAUUUUAUGUGCAAUUUUUUUUUUAAAUUACUUUUUGGUUUCUAUGGUUCAGCUAUCAGUUGUUAACAUUCUGUUUAAAGCAUACUCCAGGCCUGUGCACUAGAAGAAAAAAAAACAGUAAAAUCCCCAAUUUAAAAUUCACUUUCUUGGGGAUAUUGUUUGAAUAUUCUAAUAGCUUUCAGUAUUAACAUCUUUCUUCUUCGUUCUCAUUGUUAUGUUGGAGUGUUCAGAUGACUAGACCAAUACAUGAGAUGAACUGCGCAGUGGUUUCCAAAUCAGGGAGCUCUCCAUAUAGUUUUAUUUCUAUUGGGGUGAUUUGGGGCCAGUGUCUUGUACGGGCCUCUUGGUAAAGAGAGCAGUUUUGGAGGACGUGGUCGGCAUUCUCUGGUGAUACUCCACAUGGGCAGGUUUCACUGGUUCCAAUUUUGAGCUUCCGGUACAUGUGUUGUCGCAUUCUGUUGUGUCCGGUCCUGAGUCGAAAGAUUAGACGUUGGUCUUGUCGGGAUAGCUUAUAGUAAGCGUCAUCUUUCUUGUGAUUUGGAUGAGAGCUCGUCCAUUUCUCAUUUAUUUUAUUUACAAUUAAUUUCUUCUGGAUAGAGUGCAGAGUUUAUUAGUGAGUUAGAGUAUUAACAUCUGAUAAUGAAAUUGUAUUAAUGCUCCAAACAUGUAAAGAAAUAUACCGCUCCUUCUGGAGGACAAUGUGAAUGUGCCCAGAUUAGUCCCCGACUAUGUAAGGAAAUAAUGUUUAUUGUUACUUAAUACAUAUUUAAUACAUAUAUUUAAUACCACUUCUCCAUUUCCCUAGCAUUAUACAAAUAUUUUGUAUUUUAAUGAUCUAAUGAGUGACUGAUUACACUUAAGUAAUUAUUAAAGCAACAAGACUCUUUCACAUUAAAGACAUUAACAAAAAGUG